GAUCUAUUCCGCCUGCAAACACUCCCCAACCUCCCGUCUUCCUGCCCGUCUGCCCAAUAUGAACAGUUCGAGACUCGUCCUCCGCCGUCAAUUGCUGCGUGAUGUCGCUGCCGGCGCGAAGCGUGAGCCGUACCGGUGCUUUUCUUGCGCUGCCCGCUAUGCGCAGCAGCAGGCGCCACGCCAGCCCGGCUCCCAGCAGGAGAAGACGACGCACUUUGGCUUCGAGACGGUGGCCGAGUCGUUGAAAGAGUCGAAGGUUGCCGGCGUCUUUUCCUCCGUCGCCGCAUCCUACGACACCAUGAACGACCUGAUGUCGCUCGGCAUCCACCGUUUGUGGAAAGACCACUUUGUGCGCAACCUCAAUCCAGGAAGCAACCCUCUGCACGCGGCACGCGGCCCGUCCGGCGCCGCACAGCAGCAAGGCUGGAACAUCCUCGACAUUGCAGGCGGCACGGGCGACAUUGCCUUCCGGAUGCUGGACCACGCGUCGACGAUCAACAACGACCCGCACACGCGGGUAACUAUCUCAGACAUCAACCCGGCCAUGCUAGCGGAGGGCAAGAAGCGGGCGCUGGCGACGCCGUACGCGCGCAGCGGGCGGCUCGACUUUGUCGAGGCCAACGCCGAGCACCUUGACAUGAUCCCGGACAACUCCAUCGACCUCUACACGGUCGCGUUCGGCAUCCGCAACUUCACCGACAAGGACCGCGCCCUGCGCGAGGCGUACCGCGUCCUGCGCCCCGGUGGCGUGUUUGCUUGCCUCGAGUUCAGCAAGGUCAACAACCCCCUCUUCGAUCAGGUCUACAAGCGCUGGAGCUUCAGCGCUAUCCCGCUUAUUGGCCAGCUGGUUGCCGGUGAUCGCGACAGCUACCAGUACCUUGUUGAGAGCAUUGAGCGCUUCCCCAGCCAGACGGAGUUCAGGGACAUGAUCAAGGCGGCGGGCUUCAUGGUGCCGGGCCAGGGCUGGGAGGACCUGACGAACGGCAUUGCGGCUAUUCACAAGGGCGUCAAGCCGGUGAAAUAGAUGCGUGGUAUUGAGGGCGGCUGUGUAAGAUUAUGCAUUGGGUUGGCUGGGGCGAAUGGAUGAUAUAUAUAGAUACUGACUGUAUGGGCAAAAAACGGGUUGGGAAAGACAUCUCAUAUCAAUGCAUAUUUACUAGCAUAGGAUUAGAG